UAGCGGACUAGUUCAUGCACGCGGUCUUGCUGUGUGUGUCUAAAGGGGGACACUCUCUCUCGUUUUCAGUCGGUCGAGAACAGCUCAGUAGGACGGGUGUGAGUGAAAUUUCAAAAUUUUGUCAGUCUUUUUUUACCACUAAAAAGCUGUACGACCAAGACAACAACGAAAAUCAUUUUUGAGAGAGAGAAAUUGAAUCAUCCCAUCACACACGAAAAUGCCGGCCAGUGCAUCGUACGGCGAGUCGAUCGAGUUGACGCGCCACAAUUCGCUGGAAGACCAACGAGCCCUGCAAGUGGCGAUGGAAUUAUCCCUGCUCAGUUUCGGCAACAACAUGGAUCAUCACCACGUUGAUCAUCACUCGACAUCGCCCAAUCAUCAUCACUACAACACGAUGGAUCACAUCAACUCCCUGCACUACGCCGACGAGAUGAGAUUCUUGGCCAAAAAGAGUCAAAAUAUGACCGAGUGCGUCCCAGUCCCCAGUUCGGAACACGUCGCUGAAAUCGUUGGAAGACAAGGGUGUAAAAUCAAGGCUUUGAGAGCUAAAACCAACACUUACAUCAAGACGCCGGUACGUGGAGAAGAACCCGUUUUUGUCGUCACUGGUCGUAAAGAAGAUGUCGCUGCUGCCAAAAGAGAGAUUCUGUCAGCGGCCGAACAUUUCUCACAAAUCAGGGCCUCCAGACGUUCAGGACUCGUAGGCCAAUGUGGCAUUGUCGGCACUACUGGACUCGUUCCUCCUCCACCAGUCCCUGGCCAAGUCACCAUUCAGGUUCGUGUACCGUAUCGAGUCGUUGGUCUUGUCGUCGGCCCUAAAGGAGCUACCAUCAAGCGGAUUCAACAACAAACGAGCACCUACAUAGUCACACCGUCCAGGGAGAAGGAGCCCAUUUUUGAAGUGACGGGCAUGCCUGAUAAUGUUGAACAAGCCAAGAGGGAGAUUGAGGCUCACAUCGCUCUACGCACUGGAUUGGUUAAUGUGGAUGGUUCAGGCAACGAAUUAUCCCCGGAUAUGAUGCACGACUUGGCUGCCGGAUUGAACGGAUUAGGAUUGGGGAUGCUUGGAUCGAGUCUGGGUGGCGGUCUUGAUAAUGGAACAGCGGAUUUGAUGGGAUCGCUGUACAAGACUUCGUCAUCGGCACUUCGCUCUGCCUUUUCAGGACAUCACAACCUCAACAACGAUGUUUACGGAGUGACUUCAUCUGGUCUGUCAAAUUUGCUUGGAGACAACGCUUUCGGUCUGCGAUCCCACAACUCUUACGGCGUAUCCAAUGCUCCAUCUGCUGCUUCCGCUGCUGGAAAAAUUGAUUCUGAAUUGCAAACACUCGGCAGCGGGUUGCUCAAUAGCUUGUACGAUUCGGAUGAGGGUAUCGGACUGGGAGGAUCGGAUUCGCCUACUUUGAGCCAUUCGUUGAUUCAGCCCAACAUCUGGUCUACGGAUUUCGGCACCGGAUUGGUCGGAGGUGGCAGCACGAGCUCUAUCAACACAAACAGCACCAGCAGUGCCACAACCAGCAACAGCGGCAGCACUGGAGCCAAGAGGAGCAAUAGCUUUGGAUUCCCGACUUCGGAUUCUGACCACCCACCGGCCCGUCGCAUCAGCUCUGACCCGUUGACGGCCAUUGGAUCGACACUCAAUUCGUUGUCUGCAGCCUUCCAGAUCCGUUCGGAUUCCGAUUCUGGUGUUCGUGAUUCUUCCGCAUCGGCUUCCGGUUCGGCUUCUCCAGCUGCCUGCUCACCGGUUGGUUCCAGCAGCAAUUCCAGUACGAGGGGAUCACUCAAGCGCGAAUGCAUCAUGUGCUGCGAAGGUGAGAUGGUGGCUGCUCUUGUUCCAUGUGGUCACAAGCUUUUCUGUAUGGAUUGCGCCCAGCGUUUGGUGCCCAAGGAGUCGUCUGCUGAAUCUGACUCACCAUCGUCAGCCGGAGGAGAGUGCCCAGUCUGUCAUCAGUCCGUCACUCAAGCCAUCAGGAUCUUCUCGUAAGAAAAGUGGAUUUCUUUGUUUGUUAGUUUUUUUACGGAGAAGACGGCGAGAGAUUAGCAAAAGAAACAACGAAGCAACCAGCGGAUGUUCAACCCCCCUCUAUAAAAAUUCGUAAGAAAUUCACCCUUGACACCCCAUACCACUUUCUCUCUAUCUAUACCUCUCACUGUCUCGCGCGCUAUCUUAUAUUAUUAUUAUCACUCGAUUGGGUAGUAAACAAGAAAUUUUUUCUUUCUGUUCAUUGUCAUCAGGUUUUUUGGAAAAUUUUGAACUUGCGCGUUUUGUUAUGCGGAGGUGCACACACACCAAUUCUCUUUCCUCCCCAUACUACCCGUUUAUUUUUUCUUUCUUUCUAGAGUUAACGUCAGAAUUUUUUCGGAUGAUUGCGACCCUUAACGUACACAACACCCUUUUUUGUAAGUGCAGUCGAUCUGAAAGAAAAUCCAAGAGUUGUUUUUAAUCCCACGUUUAUAAAAAAAAUCUUUAUAUACAAAUCAAGCUUAUCACGCAGUUGAAUGAGAAAUUAUAAAAAAAAAAUUGCUAUCAUUUUGUGUGUCGUGUGUAAAACUACGAUGUCAAAUCGAUAUUUAAAUGUCUCCACUUGGGUUUGCCGCAAAGCCGCCGAAAAAGAUUUCCUUAUUUUUUCUUACCCCCCUCCCAGAAAUCACUUCCUUUUUGAUAAUCGAUAUUUAAACGUGCGUAAAAGAGCAAUAGGAUUUAAGUUUUUUUUUUCUUCCUUAUUAUGUGUAUAUUUGGCAAAAAAAAAUAUUUUUGUUUAGGACAAAAGAACGAACAACACGCGCAACAUUUAAAUUAAAAUCCAAGGGCAAUAAUUAUUUUCCGGCGAAAAAGCAAGUGACUGGGGCACUAACACACAGCAGUCUAAAAAAUAAAAUUAAAAUAAUUUUCUUUUUCCUUAAAAGACCCUCCCUCUAUAAUGUCGAAAAAUUACGAUUGAGUUAGCUGUGAUACCGAAAGCCACUUGUCUCUCUCUCGACAUCGAUUUUUUUUCUCUCCUUUUUGCCUCACUUUCUUCCCGUCGAUUUAACAACAAAAAGUGCUGCUCAAUUUAACCAAUUAAAAGAUAAAAGGAAAAAAAAAAGUAAUAGGUUUUGGCGUUACACAAAACUUGGUGCCGUUACAGUAUUCGGACAGUUCUUUAUUUUUAUUUUUUUUCUUCUCCCACCCCCGAUAUAACAUUAAAUAAUUCCGUACCUUUUUGUGUGUGUGUGUUUGUGUGUUUUCUGUCUUUUUUUUUUGUCUUUUCGAAUUUUUUCUAGACGAUAUUCUCAGUGGAUAAAUAUCAAAAGAGGAAUUUCUUUCGCAAACCUUUACCAACAUAGUAAUAAUAGUAAUAAAAAAUUCAAUGCUGCUUAUCACACAUAGUUAUUUAUAAUGAAGCUGUCUGUGUCCGUCGAUUUACAGUUGAUUUAAACAAGAGAAAUUCAAUAAAUUGCAUUUUUUUCUUUCUAA